CUCAUUUACGUUAGAUCAACGGACACACACACAAAAAUCACUAGCAGCCCGGACAGAUUCUACCCGUAUUUUGAGGUAACCCUUAGACCGUAGAUUUAUUACUGAUUAUACAAGAUCGACCUAACCCAAGCUUGACAUGAACUCCCCUUUCUCAUAUUCAUAGGGAUGCAUAGGGGCACUAGAUGGCACUCAUGUUAAGGCUUGUGUUCCUGCCCACAUGGUCGACGAGUUUAGGGGUCGCAAGUCAUACCCCUCCCAAAAUGUGCUAGCAGUUGUUGACUUCGACCUUCGAUUCACAUAUGUUCUAGCUGGUUGGGAGGGCUCUGCCCAUGAUUCUCUUGUGCUAAAAGAUGCCCUCACACGUCCAGGGGGAUUAAAAAUACCCGAAGGGAAAUAUUUCUUGGCUGAUGCUGGGUAUGCUGCGAGGCCGGGGAUAUUACCUCCUUAUCGUGGUGUGCGCUACCACCUAAAUGAAUUUGCUGGAGACCGUGACCCAAUUGCCCCAAAAGAAUUGUUCAACCACCGCCAUUCAUCACUUAGGACCACAGUUGAACGGGCAUUUGGGACUCUUAAGAGUCGCUUCAAGAUUCUUACUCAAAGGCCCUUCAUACCUAUAAAAUCUCAGAUUAAAGUGGUAGUUGCUUGUUGUGCUUUGCACAAUUGGAUAUUAGAAAAUGGUCCAGAUGAUUAUGUUGUGGAUGAGGCGACAUGGUAUGCCAACCUCCCUAGGAGUAGUGGGCGGGUUCGUGAUCAAGAGGCUGACAUACGUGAGUGGGCUGCCAAGCGAGAUUUAAUCGCUCAGCAAAUGUGGACAGAUAGAGAGAGUGCACGUGACAAUGAGGCUGAUGCUAUCCCAGCUUAGUAUCUUUGAUGUAUUUCCAUGUGAUGGAACAUUUGAAGGAUGUACUA